CAAAAAUUGUGGGGGCUGGGUUGGGACUGGAUUGUGUACUGACUUGGGGCUAUGGGGGAGGGGGCUGGGGUGGUUCCGCUGUUGCGAGAGGGGGGGUAGCCGGUGGUGGUGGCUGGUCGGCCGUGAAGGAAGAGGCUGGGUCGGCGGCUAAGGAGAGGUCUACGGCGAAGGGUGACUGGGAACAGAGUCGUAGAGGAAAGAAAAGAUCAAAAAGAAGAAGGAGAAAAGAUAAAAAAAGCUUAAAUAAGGAGGCAACAUAGGGGUGGUUGCACGUAGCACGGUCCAAAGAGAAAACCCUUUCAAUCUCAAUCUCAUUUGACUCACUGCUGCAGGACUGAGAGAGGUGAGAUUCCAUCGCACCUGCGAAAGAGAGAGAGAUAGAGAAGAUGGAAGGCGGCGGCAUGGCUACCACGAGGGCUCAGAAGCAGGUGCUGCUCUUCCACUGUGUAGAGAUGGAACACCUGGCUCGCAGCAUCGCUUCUCAAUCCCCUUCCAUCCACCUCCAAUCCAUCAACUGGAGGAGUUUUGACGAUGGAUUUCCCAAUCUUUUCAUAAACAAUGCGCAUAACAUUCGGGGACAGCAUGUUGCAUUUCUCGCCUCCUUCAGCUCGCCUGCAGUCAUCUUUGAACAGCUCUCUGUCAUAUUUGCUCUCCCGAGGCUUUUCGUGGCCUCUUUCACACUGGUGUUGCCUUUCUUCCCCACAGGCUCCUUUGAGAGGAUGGAAGAGGAGGGGGACGUCGCCACUGCAUUUACUAUGGCUAGAAUACUGUCAAAUAUUCCCAUUUCAAGAGGUGGUCCCACCAGCUUAGUCAUCUAUGACAUCCAUGCCUUGCAGGAAAGGUUUUACUUUGGAGACCACGUCUUGCCUUUGUUUGAGACUGGAAUUCCAUUGUUAAAACAACGAAUUCUGCAGCUUCCAGAUCAUGAUAAAAUUGUUGUUGCAUUUCCUGAUGAUGGAGCUUGGAAGCGGUUUUACAAGCAAUUCAGCAACUACCCAGCUGUUAUCUGCACAAAGGUUCGCCAGGGUGAUAAGAGAAUUGUCAGGCUAAAAGAAGGCAAUCCUGAAGGUUGCCAUGUGAUCAUUGUUGAUGAUUUGGUGCAGUCUGGGGGCACUCUAAUUGAAUGCCAGAAAGUGUUGGCUGCACAUGGUGCAGCCAAGGUGAGUGCUUAUGUCACCCAUGGUGUUUUCCCCAAACGGUCGUGGGAACGAUUCCUACACACAGAUGGAGGUGGGUCGCCGAAAGCGUUUACCUACUUUUGGAUCACGGAUUCAUGCCCUAUUACCGUGAAUGCCAUUGCUAAUAAAGCUCCCUUUGAAGUUUUGAGUCUGGCUGGAUCAAUUGCUGAUGCUCUUCAAAUAUGAUCUCAAUCCGGCUUUUGAGCUUCUGAUUCAUAAAAAUGCAUUUUUGCGUGUUUGGCAAUCUAUUUUUACUUAUAUGUUUUUACUUUUUCAAAAAUCUACCAUAACCCUUAACACCAUUUAUGUUUUACAACAAUUAGAAGCAUUUUUAACCUUAAUGUCUGUAAAAGAGCAUAUUGAGUUGCAAAACUUUUAUUGCAACUGGCCUUCAAAUGUUCAAUUGCUCUUUAUCUCUUUCCCUUUAUGAAUUAUAUCUGGAAUAAUAAAUUUAUGUGCGCUUA